AUGGCAGCUUACCAUACUCGCUCCAAUAGUUUGCCCUCAAGGCAACAACAUCCUCUCAUUCCUGAAUUUGACCAACAGUUGUGCAGAUUGAGGUCCUCUGGAGCGGCCUCUUCAUCCUCAUCAUCUUCUGUAGCCUCCAAAUUAAGCGGACUUCAAGAUCUGCAUGAUUAUCUUGAUAGGUUUCUUUUGCUACCUCUCAACCAACGAGCCUUGUCCAGAGAACAGAAUGAGAAAUGUGUUGAUGAGAUCUUGGAAGGAUCUCUCAGACUCUUGGAAGUUUGCAACACAGCCAAGGAUGCCUUAUUGCAGAUAAAAGAAUCCACACAAGAACUUCAAUCAAUUAUGCGAAGAAGACGCAGUGGUGAAAUGAAUCUCUCAAGUGAGAUUAAGAAAUACUUAGGCUCUAGGAAAGUGGUGAAGAAGGCACUCUUCAAGGCCAUGGAAAACAGAUGCAACUUCAGAUCCCUUAACAAAGACCAAGAGACCGUUGAAGUUGUGAACAUGAUGAGAGAGGUUGAGUCAAUCACUCUCACCAUUUUUGAGUCACUUAUCUCCUUCAUGUCCGGUCCAAAGUCAUCCAAGUCAAGCGGCUGGUCAUUAGUUUCCAAGAUAAUCAACACCAAAAGAGUGGCUUGUGAAGACAUCAUCAUCAGCAAUGAAUCAAAUGAAUUCGUUAGCGCUGAUGCUGCUUUGAACAUGCUCAUCAGUCAGAAGCUGAAAAAAUCAGACAUCAUGAUUGAAGACACAGCUCAAAAAGAGCUUCAAAAAUUGGAGUUGUGCAUUCAAGAUCUUGAAGAAGGUGUUGAGAGCCAUUACAGGCGUCUAAUCAAAACCAGAGUCUCUCUGCUCAACAUCCUCAGCCACUAG